AUGGCGCGUCUCGAAGAUCCCACUGCUCUUACUCAACUUCCACUGGAAGAGACCGCCCGAGUGCGAUACAGCUCCUCUGAGCUGCAAGAUUACUUCAAAACUAUCAAACUUCCACAGAGAUUUCUAGACCUUGGCAAUAGCGUGCUGAAAGACCCCUCACUCGCCCGCACAAAAGAACAUGGUCUCCCGCUCUUGCAAGCCAUAACACGCUAUCACACAUGCAAUGUUCCUUUCGAGAAUCUCGUCCUUCACUAUGAUCCUCAUAAAAUCGUCACUCUGGACCCCGCAGAACUAUACACCAAGAUUGUAACACGACGUCGAGGAGGGAGGUGUAUGGAGAACAACAUCUUUCUCGGCACUGCUCUUCGCUCGCUUGGCUAUGAAGUGCGUAACUGUGGUGGUCGUGUCUCACGCGCAAUGAGUCCCUACCCAGAAGUCCGUAAGAACCAAAGCGCCACUUACGAUGGGUGGAACCAUAUGCUUCUUCUUGCACUGCUGGGCGAUGAAUGGUAUGGCGUCGAUGUAGGCAUGGGUUCCAUGGGACCUAACCUCCCUUUCCCGCUACAAGACGGCUUCGAGAGUCUCAGCAUUGCACCGCGCAUGAUCCGUAUUCAAAAACGCUCUAUCCCAGAGACAUAUGCUACAGUCCCUUCUCACGGGACUAAAACGUGGUGUUAUGACGUCUGCUAUAAUCCAGCGGAGAAUGAAAAGACAUGGACACCUGUGUAUUGUUUCACUGAGACGGAAUUCUUACCCCAGGACUAUGAGGUCAUGUCUUGGUUCACAUCGACAAAUCCGAGAUCAUUCUUCACCAGGUACAUCACUUGCACCAAGAUGAUUAUGGAUGAGGACAAAAAGGUGAUUAUUGGAAACCUCACCCUGUUCAAGGACACUGUCAGGGAGACGAUUGGUAGUGACCGCAAGGUUGUUAAGAAAUUCGAGACGGAAGAAGAGCGUAUCCAGGGUUUGGUUGAGAUUUUUGAUGUCAAUUUGACAGAGGAGGAGAGAAUCAGUCUUCCUCAGGAAAAGAGACUUGGCCAGAGCAAGGAAUAA